UUUUAUUGACUGUAGAUCGCUCCUAUCGUGCAAUCCCCACAUGGGAGCUGACAGUGAGACAACAUGGGAUGCACGGGGAUACCGAACUAGGCCAAACUUUUGAAUAGUCGAUUACUUUUGAUGUGAUAAAACUGUAAAUAAGACAACAACAAUGAUACGCAGCUAUGUAUCUAAUCGGAAGUGCCGUGAAAGCUAGACAUUCGUCUUGGCAAAUGACGCAUUUGAGAUUCUGAUGUUAUGUUAACUAAAGGGAGGUCGUAAACAUUGGCAGAAUCUAGAGAGCGUAGUUCGAGAAGUGAAGAUGGGGAAGCGAGACAGAAAAGAUAAAGAAGAGCGAAAGUCUAAAAAAGUCCGUAAAGAGGAUUUGGAUGUUGAAGAAGAUGACACUAUGGAUGCUGCAAAUGUGGAAGGGAGUAGUCUCCCUUCUGCGGCAACUCGUGAAUGUGGCCAGGAAUCAAAAGAAGAUGAGUUUGGAGCGAAGGAUUACAGGGCCAUCCUUUCUCUGAAGUUGGACCACAAGUCCCGACCCAUCUGGGUGGCACCUGAUGGACACAUUUUCCUGGAGUCGUUUUCUCCUGUGUACAAGCACGCUCAUGAUUUUCUCAUCACCAUCGCUGAGCCGGUGUGUCGGCCUAAGCAUAUCCAUGAGUACAAGCUGACAUCGUAUUCACUGUAUGCAGCCGUCUCAGUAGGUCUGCAGACCAGUGACAUCAUCGAGUACCUGAGACGCCUCAGUAAGACAUCUGUACCUGAUGGGAUCGUGGAAUUCAUUAAGCUGUGUACUCUUAGUUAUGGCAAGGUCAAGUUGGUGCUGAAGCAAAACCGAUACUUUGUGGAGAGCCAAUACCCAGAAGUUCUACAGAAACUGUUGAAGGAUCCAGUCAUCCAAGAAUGUCGUCUGAGAGAAAGUCAGGCUGAUGGGGAAGAGGAGGAGUUUGUCGUGGAUCAGCUGACUGGGAAGUCAGCGCUCAAGCUGAACAAGCCGGCCCCGGGCCAGGCGGGCGACCCAAAGGCAGGCUCAUCAACUGAGGUAGCCACUGAAGAUGUGAACCAAGUCCCCGAUGACAUCACUAACUAUUACGACAAGCUGGACCGAGAAGAUGAGGACGAUAUGGAAUCUCUGAAAACGGUGUCGUUUGAGGUGAAGCAGGAGAGCAUUGAGGAUAUACAGAAACGAUGCAUCGAACUGGAGUACCCAUUGUUAGCGGAAUAUGACUUCAGAAAUGAUACUCGGAAUCCAGACAUCAAUGUAGAUCUGAAACCAUCCACAGUGCUGAGACCUUACCAGGAGAAAAGCCUGAGGAAGAUGUUUGGGAAUGGGCGGGCGAGGUCAGGGGUCAUCGUGCUGCCCUGUGGUGCUGGUAAGACCCUGGUGGGGGUCACAGCCGCCUGUACAGUCAGGAAGCGCUGCCUUGUUCUCUGUAACUCAGGUGUGUCAGUAGAACAGUGGAAAUCUCAGUUUAAGAUGUGGUCAACUGCAGAUGACAGCAUUAUCUGUAGGUUUACUUCAGGGGCUAAGGACAAACCUCUCGACUCCUCAAUUUGUAUCAGCACCUACUCCAUGUUGGCUCACUCGACCAAGCGCUCGUGGGAGGCAGAACAGCUGAUGAGCUGGAUGAGGAGUAAGGAGUGGGGACUCAUGCUGCUCGAUGAAGUGCAGACGAUACCAGCCAAGAUGUUCCGCCGGGUCUUGACCAUUGUCCAGGCUCAUUGUAAGCUGGGACUAACUGCCACACUGGUCAGAGAGGACGACAAGAUUGCUGACCUCAACUUUCUAAUUGGUCCUAAACUCUACGAGGCAAAUUGGAUGGAGCUGCAGAACAAAGGCUACAUUGCCAAGGUCCAGUGCUCGGAGGUCUGGUGUCCGAUGACUGCAGAGUUUUACAGAGAAUACCUCCUCAUGAAGAGUCAGAAAAAACUGCUGUUGGUUGUGAUGAACCCAAACAAGUUCCGAGCUUGCCAGUUCUUGAUUCGUUAUCACGAGAGGAGAAAUGACAAGAUAAUCGUCUUCUCCGACAACGUGUUCGCUCUCAAAAACUACGCCCUUAAAUUAAACAAACCCUUCUUGUACGGCCCUACCAGACAGGAAGAACGGCUUCAGAUCUUACAGAACUUUCAGCAUAAUCCUAAAGUCAACACCAUCUUUGUGUCUAAGGUGGCUGACACCUCCUUUGACUUGCCUGAAGCUAACGUGCUUAUCCAGGUGUCUGCUCAUGGAGGGUCACGACGGCAAGAAGCCCAGAGGUUAGGGCGCAUCCUCCGUGCCAAGAAAGGCUCUGUGGCGGAGGAAUACAACGCCUACUUCUACUCGCUGGUCUCUCAGGACACCCAGGAAAUGCACUACUCCCUCAAGCGUCAGCGCUUCCUCGUCAACCAAGGUUACAGCUACAAGGUCAUCACCAAACUGGCCGGGAUGGAAGAGGAGGACUUAGCCCUGGGUACUAAGGAGGAGCAGGGUCAGUUGUUACAGCAGGUCCUGGCUGCCAGUGACAUGGACGCAGAGGAGGAGUUGAUUCCGGGGGAGGGGACGGGCAAGGGCAAGGCACAGUUUCAGAGGCGAACUGGCAACAUGAGCUCAAUGUCAGGAGCAGACGAUGCUAUCUAUAUGGAGUAUAGGAACAAGGCGAAACAUCCGCUGUUCAAGAGAUUCAAACGAUGAUACCGGCCCUUCCAUUGGAUGCUGUUUGGAAAAUAAGCUAAAAGAAGUCCAUCGAAAAUAUGGAUUCAUCAAAGAUGAUGAUGCCAGCCUUUGGUUGGAUAUCAUAUGUACCAGGCGACAUUGUUAGUGGAUGGUGUUAUUGCAGAUAAUUUAUUAUGUAUCAAAGUAAAUGGUUUGAAGCAGUGAACAGUCUGAUCAAUAUUGUUUUUGAUUGUCUGUGAAGCUGGCGGUGUUGACUGUUUGACUUUGUCUUGAUGAUCCAUAUUGUUUUCAUGCUGAAGUUGGUGUGGUGCGCUUACAACUUGCCAGGUGAAAUUAAUACUUUAUCUUCUAAGGUGCAUAUGAAGUUCCAGCUUAUCAGGUACAGUGUAUAUGCUUAAUACAAUGAAGCGUUAAAAUCAAACCAGUGUACACUGUCUGACACUCUGAUCAUUUACCAUUGACUUGGGUGGAAUGUUUGACCAUGUCACACGUUGGCCUUGAUAAGGCCUGGUGAAAGAACUGUGGAUAGAGGUUAGCAUGCUAGUACAGAACAAUGACCGAGGGGCUUUUCACCAUGGUGGUUGCUGUAAGUUUCCGUUUUGUAUAUGUGGAGAGGUCUGCCAGCGAUCUGCAGAUGGUUGUGGAUUUAACUGGUUUCCUCCCACUCUAAUGCCAGCUGCCUUUGUGAAAGGGAAAAUUGUUAAUCAAUAAAUAAGUAUAUGGUGAUGUGAUAUCACAAUUUGAACAUAAAAUGAAUACUUUAAGUGCAAGGGGAAAAUGUCUGGAAGAUAAAAAUGUAUGCCUGUUGAUAUAAAGGCCUAGGCCUGUAUGAAUGUCUAUUUGUAUUUCAAAAUUUGAUACAAGGUCAACUUGUAAUAAAAAAAAUGGCAUAUUGCAUGGUAUUACCUGUUUUCUCUUCAUGUAUACAUCUUCACAUCCAUCUAAUUUGUUACUCUGAAUCCCAAAUUUCUAAUAAGAC